AUGAACUUUCGUUUCACCAUAACACCAUCGUGUCAGUUCAAGGCACGAGUAGUCGCCAUCUGUCUCUGUUGGUAUGUCAUCAGUUCUGCUAGCAGCAUCACGAAUAAAGUUUUACUCCAGAGCUACCCGUAUCCGACGACGUUAGCGUUAUCGAAUCUUAUGUGGGUGCCGAUAUACUCUAUACCUUUGUUACGUAUGUGGGAAUGUAAAGUAGUAAAAUUAACGCCUGUACAGUAUAACAAGUAUCUUACUCCGAUAUCAGCCGGUAAGGCUCUAGCUGUUGUAAGUGCGUACUUUAGUUUGUGGAAGGUCCCUGUGUCUUACGCUCACACUGGUCUAUUUGUCACUGUUACCAAUUGUUGCUGGAGUGGUGGUAGCGUCAGCCACCGAGCUGUCAUUUUCUUUUUGGCAUGCUUUCUGGCACUUUUAUCUACUUUCACCUAUUCACUUCUGAAUAUAUUAGUGAAGAAAAGUCCGAUAUCCAUCCGAUUCGUUUACUUUGGCUAUGAACAGCCACGUUCGGCCAGCUUAAUCAUGGUGUUCCCGUUUGCGAUUGAUACAAAUGACGCACGUUCACUUGGACCAAGUCUAAUGGGGAUCGAGAUACCGUAUACCCGUCACCAGAUCUAUGGCUUCUGUGCCUUCUAG